AUGUCAAAGAACAACUCAAAAUACAGUACCUCACACACUCACACUGAGGAAGUGCUUAAGAUGAAGAAAGCACGAGUGGUGUUUAUCCCUUUUCCUGCUAUAAGCCAUUUAGUUUCAACCCUUGAGUUCGCCAAGCUUCUCAUUAGCCGUGAUAACCGUCUCCGAGUAACCGUUUUAGUCAUCAAAUUCCCAAACACCUCAGAAGCUGAUGUCUACAUUGAUUCCCUUCCUAUCUCCGAUUCACUCCAUAUAAUCAACCUUCCAGAAAUUUCUCUUCCUCCAAACACCGAUCGAGCUUCCGUCAUGAGCGUACUGCUCGAAGCUCAAAAACCACACGUUAAACAAGCCGUCUUUAACCUCACUGCCCAAGAAGAACAACAUGGACCCCUCGCCGCCUUCGUUGUUGACAUGCUCUGUACCACCAUGAUUGAUGUUGCUAAAGAAUUUUCCGUCCCUGCGCUCAUCUUCUUCACUUCCGGCGUUGCUUCUCUUGGUUUGAUGCUUCAUGUGCACACACUGUUUGAAGGAGACAACUUCGAUUCAACACAGUUGCUGCAUAAGAACGAGUUAGCAGUUCCGAGUUUUGCCAACUCGGUUCCUAUAAACUCCUUGCCUAGUUUUAUGCUAGACAAGGAAUGGGAGUCGUUUUUUAAGAGAUAUGCAGGAGGCCUCAAGAAACCAAAUGGUAUUAUAGUAAAUUCGUUUGAAGAGCUAGAAUCACAUGCGGUUCAAUCCUUUUUCUCUCAUCCUGAUCUAGCAGCUUUACCUAUUUAUCCAGUGGGGCCCUUAUUAAACCCGGACCUCAAAACCGAUAAAAUUGUUGGAUCCCAUGAUAUCAUCAGAUGGCUUGAUGAUCAACCUCCUUCUUCGGUAGUUUUCCUCUGCUUCGGGAGUAGGGGUUCUUUCUAUGAAGAUCAAAUCCAAGAGAUAGCACAUGCUAUUGAAAAUAGUGGAGUUCGUUUCAUUUGGUCACUACGUAAACCCUCGCCAAAAGGUGCUAUGCCCGCACCCUCUGAUUAUCCGCUUUUAGAUUUAGUUUCACUUUUACCCGAAGGAUUUUUAGAUCGAACAGCUGAAAUUGGAAAGGUCGUUGGUUGGACCCCACAAGCUCAAAUACUUGCCCACCAUGCCAUAGGGGGGUUUGUUUCACAUUGUGGAUGGAAUUCCAUACUAGAGAGCAUAUAUUUUGGUGUGCCUAUUGCCGCUUGGCCUCUUUUUGCUGAACAACAAAUAAAUGCUUUUGAAUUGGUGUGUGAGCUGAAGUUGGGAGUGGAAAUUGCAUUGGACUAUCGGGUGAAAUUUAAUGGUGAUCAUAACUAUGUUGUAACUGCAGAAAAGAUUGAGAGAGGAAUAAAGAGUGUGUUGGAUAAAAAUGGAGCGGUAAGGAAGAAUGUGAAAGAGAUGAGCAAAAAGAGUAAGAAGACUUUGUUAGAGGGUGGAUCUUCCUACUCUUAUUUAAGUAACUUAAUUGAUUAUAUUAUGAAUCAGGUGUGA